AUGUCAUUAAUUAAAGAUUCCACCAAAAUAUUGAUCACAGGUACAUCUUCAAACUUGGGGUUUAAUAUAGCUGUACGUUUACUUGAAGAUUUACCCAAUGAUAAUGAAAUUACAUUAAUUGUCACUUCGAGGACGUUACCAAAAGUAAAAGAGGUCAUUACCGAUAUCAAAAAUUACAUCAUUAAUAAAAUCCCCAAUAAGAUCAAAUUGGUUGAGUUUGACUAUUUAUUGGUGGAUUUCACCGAUAUGGUUUCAAUUCUAUCGGCAUAUUAUGAAUUGAACAAGAGGUAUACCCAUAUUGACUACUUGUUUAUCAAUGCCGCACAAGGAGUGUAUGGCGGCAUUGACUGGGCACAAGCAGUUGUCGAAGUUUUGCAGAACCCAAUUCAAGCAGUUACUAAUCCCACUUACAAACUCCAACGAACAGGGGUACAAUCUGAUGACAAUUUGGGUCUUGUUUUCCAAGCCAAUGUGUUUGGUCCUUACUACUUCAUACAUAAAAUUAAACAUCUAUUGGCUAAAGGUGGGAAAAUUAUUUGGAUUGGUUCACUCAUGUCUCAUCCGAAAUACUUAUCAUUCAAUGACUUACAGUUGUUGAGAUCGCCCGAGUCUUAUGAAGGAUCAAAGAGGUUGGUGGAUUUAUUACAUUUUGGAACCUACAAGCAACUUCAAAAGGACGGAAUCAACCAGUACUUGGUCCACCCAGGUAUCUUUACUAGUUUUUCAUUCUUUCAAUUCUUAAACUUAUUUACAUAUUAUGGUAUGUUAGUCUUGUUCUAUUUGGCAAGAUUUUUGGGAUCAAAAUACCACAAUAUAUCAGGCUACAUUGCAGCUAAUGCUCCAGUAGCAGCCGCGUUAGGUAAAACCAAACAAACGUCAAAGGUUGGUUCUGCUUGCACCAGAAGCGGUAAAGAAUACUUGAUAAAUGAAGAAGUUGACACCACGGGACUGGAAGAUGUAGCUAGAUACCUCAAAGAUUUGGCAGAUGAGUGGGACAUAAAAUUCAAGGACCAAAUUGUCAACACACGUAUCCCUUAG